UCCUCGUACCAGCCUAGGUAGUGGUAAACCGUACAUAAAUGUUUAUGGAAACCUGGAGCGACAUGAUUCACGUCAUAGUUCGUAUGAUCAUUUCUCUGAUUCUGAGCAACAGUUACCGGAACCCGAGGUUCCUACUGGAAGAUCACAUCCAGUGGACAUGGAUAAUGACGAAAGUAACCUGGACAGUUAUCUCGUGUAA